AUGAAUAGUACCGUAAACAAAUCCGAAGAUUUGAUUACUGAACUUUUCUUUUUCUUUCUUAUAUACUUUAAUUUCUUCUUCCUCUUUUUUCCUUGGCCAUUUUCUGUUCGUUUUUUCCUUUUUUUUCUCUUCGUUCUCAUUCUUAUUGAUUUUAGACGAUUUAUUUCCCAUUGCUUUCUUGUUCUUCCCUGUUACGUUUUCAUUUCUGUCUACCUCUAUUUACAUAUUUCUUUCUUUUUUUUACAUCUUCUUCUUCGUUGCAUUUUCCUUUCUUUCUACCUCUGCUUACAUAAUCCUUUCUUUCUUUCUUUCUUUCUUUUACAUCUUCUUCUUCUUCGUUGCCUUUUCCUUUCUUUCUACCUCUGCUUACAUAAUCCUUUCUUUCUUUCUUUCUUUCUUUCUUUCUUUCUUUCUUUUUUUUACAUCUUCUUCUUCUUCGUUGCAUUUUCCUUUCUUUCUACCUCUGCUUACAUAAUCCUUUCUCUCUUUCUUUCUUUCUUUCUUUUACAUCUUCUUCUUCUUCGUUGCCUUUUCCUUUCUUUCUACCUCUGUUUACAUAUUUCAUUCUUUUUUUUUUUACAUCUUCUUCUUCGUUGCAUUUUCCUUUCUUUCUACCUCUGCUUACAUAUUCCUUUCUUUCUUUCUUUCUUUCUUUCUUUCUUUAUUUCUUUCUUUAAUUUUUUACCUAUUCUUCUUCUUUGCCUUUUCCUUUCUUUCUACCGCUAA